ACAGGGUCUUCAACUUUUCAAUGUCAAAUACCGCGGGUGCUUGCAAAUUUUUCUGCUUACCAAACAAAAUGGAAAAACUUUUCAAGUGAUAGGUAAAUCUUUUCGUGACUGAAAAUUACAGUGAUAGUAUUAAUCCAAUGAAAAUCCAUUCGUUAUGGAUCCUAAAACAUUAGAUAGCAUAGGUGUGAACCAAAGUAACCGAAACGGUUGGAUUUUGUGUCCAUCCAAAACUUUUCCGGGCAAAUAUUAUUAUUUUAACGUGCUUAGUGGGGAAGCCGCAUGGUGCCUUAGCGAUAAUGAGAAACUCAAAUGUCCAAGUAAAGCAGACAACUGCCACAGCUACCCCGAACCUUCAGGUGUACUGAAUGACAUGCCCACCAAUCCUUACAACACCAGUAACUUUACCACAAAACCUAUCUACAAACCGUCUCAAAACUUUGGCACUCAGUUUGAUACAUCCACACCGAUGUUUGAUAGACCAAUGUUCCCGCAAUACUUGUCACCUUAUAUACCAUAUAUGUCUCAGCCAUGGAUGGCACCAAUGAUGCAGGACAACCAAAGAAACUAUGCACCAAAUAUAUCAAAAACUGUACAAAAUUCGGUACACAAAUUCCACGAAACCCCAAUAAUAGUGCAGCAAACCUCUGUACCACUGUCCCAGAGGUUUAAUCUGCGGUUAAACAUCAAAAGGGUUAUAUCAUUUGACGUAAAAUCGAAAACUACAAAGAUGGUGCAAACUGACGACCCUACUGUGACUGAAAAGGCUAUAGACGGUAAAUGUAUAAUUAAGAAAUUUAAGAAUCCGUUAACUAAAUCAAAGUGCGUAGUGACUAGUACAGAUAUGCAUACUGAAGAGUCACACUUUGUACCAUCAAGAAAAAGGACCUUGUCGGACAACUCUGAAAUAGUCAGGAGAGAUUAUGUACAAAAAAACAUUACAUCCAAUACAAAGUUGGAAACAGUGUGUUUGAAUACAAAUUUGUCUCAAAAUUCUAAAGCAAAGUCUCAGGAUAGUGUAGAAAAUGGUACAAAAGAUGAUAGAGAUGAAGAGAUUGUGGAGCUUGCUGAAAAUGAUCUGAGGCUUAUUUUGCUAGCCAAAAGAAGAAGGAAGUUAGUUGACACAGGAUCACUAGCGAGAGAAACUGAAAUGAAUCAUUUAAAAGGUAUACCACUAUCUCUCUCACCCGACUGAGCUACCACCGCUCAUAAAUCCUAAUCCUAACUUAAUAUUAU